UAACCUUAUCUAAUUGGGAGGAAUUGGAGGUGAUAUUUGAACAUAGUAGUAAAGAUAAAGCCAACGUCAGUGAGAAAAUUUUGCUUUCAAGCUUGAGGAACAUACGGCUUGAAAAUUUGCCUAAUUUGGAUAAUCUUUGUCGAGGAAUCCAGAUUCAAGUUCAACUGAGUGACAUCACCAUAAGAAACUGCCCUAAAUUUCUUGAUUCAAGUUUGGGACUAGUUCUUCAACAGAUGGGAACAGUAUUGGUUUCUACAGAAAGAUCAGAUUUGCAAACUACAGCAGAUGUAGAAGAACGAUUAUCUAUGCAUGAUGAAAAAGGGAUAAUCUUGACGUCAAGAGUAGAAUGUUUGAGGUUGUGGGAUUUGGCCAACCUCGUGUGUGUAUGGGAGGGUCCCAGUUUCAUUAGUUUCCAAAAUCUCUUUUGGCUAAGUGUGAUUACAUGCAAGAAAUUAAAGUGUAUCUUCCCCAGAACUAUCAUGAGAGGCCUACCAUGUUUGAAGAUUUUGGAUAUUGCAAAUUGCAAAGAGUUGGAAGAAAUAAUAAUGUCAUCAGAAAGAGAGGAAGAGCCUCUCUUUCCAAAUGCAUCCUCUUCUUCCUUGAUCUGCUUCCCACAACUUGAAUGGCUUAGAGUUGAUGGAUGCGGAAAGUUGAAAUGGCUCUUCCCCUCUACUAACAUCUUCCACCAUUGGUUGGUGUAGAAAUAAAAGAGUGCUCUCAGCUACAGGGAUUUUUUAAUUCUGAAAUUGAAAUAUUUCACGAGAAAGGGUUCUCCAACAAUGUAAAGUUAAAAUAUUUUAAUGUUGUGGAUUGCCCCAUGUUCUCCAAAGCCACGCUCGCUGCUUUUAGGAUGAGCUUGGGUUGGUAUAGACCUGUGUGAGAUUGUGCCUGCGUCCAGUUCUUGUAAUUAUGUAUUAAGGAGUUGCAAUCUGUAAUGUGAUAAUUGGCUUCCAAAUAUUUGUAUAGUUCAUUUUCACAUAAAUUAAGGCACGUUGCAUGCAUUGAUUGACA